UCAAGACGGUCAGCGGUGAGGAUGUGCUCGUCGGUGGCUGUUUAGCUGCACACACGCGUCGAUUUCGUAUCGAAAUACGCUGUUCCUUGUAGGAAAAAAAUAAAAGUAUCCGCCCAGUGACGAUAGUUUGAGCAACGAUCAGUGCGGAAUAUUAUUCCCAGUAAAAACUCUGUGCAUUCGCUGUUUUACGGGCCCUGAAAGUGUUGCGGGUGGUUUUUACUACUGGAUAAAUAAUCGCAGACAAAAUGGGAUAUAUUGGACCGUUUGUGGCUAACAAAAGAUUCAUAUUCCUCAAGACUGUGAUUAGAAAAAAUAAAUUGCUUUUACAACGCCAAUGACCAAGUCGUAACAUAUCUACCCCACUAUUUUGUGCUUGUUGAAGAUUUCUUAAGAAAAAAAAGAGACUUAUCGUGUUUUUUUUUACACAAUGUGCAUGCCUGCGCGUUAGAUCGUUUGUUAAAUAUAUUUUUUGAUAAUCCUGACAAGAAGAAUCUUCUCCGCCUUCGUAAACGUUUGUAUACUUUGUCUGAUAAACAAAAUGAGACAGACGUCAGUUUGACCCCGGACAAUUGUUUGAAUAUAAUUCAAACUUCGACCUCUGUUUUGUAAUUACGAAAUAUGUAUCCAUUUUAGUGUGUACAACGAGCUUUAAACUUUCUUGACACAGAAUUUAACUGACAAAGUGAUUUUAACACCGUCAAGUGAUCUUAACAAUUGCAUUGAUUGGUCGUGAACUGAAUUGAACUUUGUGAACAUUUUUCCCCCGGUUCUCGAUCUAUUAUUAACGAACAUUAACUGGAAGUGGUUAGGCGAUUAAAGUUGGAUAUAAAUGCGUAUAAUACUUAAUCGCGAGGAAACCAGUUUUUUAAAUAAAAGAAGCUUAAUAUCCUCUUGUAAAAAAGUAAUAUUUUAUUAAAUUGUUAUCGUCCGAGUUGUUUGAAACGUAUGUAUAAUAAGAUAAAGUAAUAAUAAAGUCUGAUACUUAGUGCCAAAGACAGCAGUGAAGCCAAAAAAUAUACACUAUAAUAUUACGUAACCAAGCAACGUAUGUAUAUACAUACACACACAUAUAUAUAUAUAUAUAUAUAUUUCUUGUUAUUAAUGAUAAUUGACUAUUGAUACGAGGAGAAACUUGGGACAGUAUUAAAGACAAUACUAUACCCGUCCACACGUGACAGGGGAACAACGAAAAAAACUCACACUGUGAAAAAAUACAAAUAUACAUAUAUUUUGAAAUUCAAACUGUUAGGCGCGUAAACAAAAGAAGAAAAAUGUCGUUUCUUAAUGGAUAUUCAACGUACAAUCCCCAGUCGCACAGUGCAACCUCUCCACCGAGAACUAGUAUCUGGGGUAGUUCUCACAGUCCAUUUAGAAGCACGAAUUUGACCCUUCAGGAUAUCACGAUAGAUCACACGCUUCCUUGUAUAAAUGGCACACAUGGAAGGUCUCCAGGUAAGGCGGCGACCACAGGGCCUGGACUCGGCGCUGUCAGAGGGGUACCAGGCGUCGUCCAAGGGACCGGAGGUAGAACAAUGAAGGAGUACGAGGAUCAGCUUGGCAUGCUGAAGAAAGAGAACUUCAACCUUAAGCUGCGAAUAUAUUUUCUUGAGGAAAGGAUGGGCAUCACAUCUGCGGAUGAAGAUGCGAUCAAAAAAAAUAUCGAACUUAAGGUCGAGGUCGAGUCACUGAGGAAGGAACUGAUUGAGAAGCAGGAUCUUCUCAGCCAGGCAGCCAAAGCUUUUGAACUUAUCGAAGAACAGAAAGAAGCGUCAUCGCGUAACCAGACUCAAUAUCAACGGUCGCUUGAUUUCGAAAGAGAAAGAAUUGCCGAACUUGAAAGAGAACUUGAAGAGUACAAAGAAAAACUCGCUGAUACCUCAGCAUACUAUAAAGAAGAAUACGGUAUCACGCCAGAAGAAUCGUUAGAGAAUAAAGAAAAAUUACACCAGAUGGAAGAGCUUGUCGUGGCCUUAGAAGUGGAGGUGAAGCAAAUAACUAGUAGCCUUGAAGAAGAACGCAGCUGGGGUUUGGAAUUGGAGAGUGAGAGAGAUCAGUUGAAGGAGCGUCUUGAAGCUGAGGUUCAACUCAGGGAAGGUUCUAUCGAAGAGAGAAAUCAGGAGAUCGACCAGCUAAGGGAAAGAGUCAAACAGUUGGAAGAGCAGAUAUUUAAGUGGGAAAGCCUGUCACAGCAACAGAAGAGUGAGUUGUCAGAAAAGGACAGAAUCAUCAAAGAAAAAAGUCUCCAGCUUGAGGAAAGACUUCGUUCUUGUGAUGAGCUGACCAACGACUGCGAGAAGAGAAAGAAACAAGUUGAUUCCUUGAGAGCUUCGGUCAAGGCGAGGGAUGACGCUCUGAUAGAACUUACGAACAAGCACAAAUUUCUUCUGUCGCAGUUUGAAUGCAACUCCCCAAAACCUAAAAUUUGUUCGCCGCCAAGGAGCCCGACAACACUAAACUCUGUUGAUGAAUUACAUCUGCAAACAACGAUGGGCCAAAGAUCGAGCUGCCUACGGAGUCCAGAGAAGAAAAACACUUCUCUUGACUGGGAGCCAAACAAGGAAAAGUCUUCGAGGCACAGUUCACAGGAUUUGGAGGAAUACGAUAGUGAGACGAAGCGACACCAAGAAGCCAACAAGCAGUUAACUUUGAAGCUUUGUAAUACUCAGAAGACUGUUGAGGCUGCUGAUCAAAAAUACAAAAAGCUAACCAUGGAUCACGAAAAGGCAGUUAAAAUGAUUCAAGGAUUUAUGGAAAGGCAACAGCAGUUGGAGGACAAAUUAGUGAAAAAGGAUCGUAAACUUAUGGAACUAGAAGUUGAACUGAGCAGACUGAGGAGUCAAGAUUGCACAAAGUCCAAUCGCAGAGUCCCAUCAGCUAGACGUGAUCUAACCAAUGAGAUGUUUGACGACCCGGAGCGGGACCCAUGCAAUCAGCAACGCUUUGAGGAAAUGGAGGGCAAGAUUAACGACCUGAGAAUACAAAUCGAUACUAUUAAGGCUGAGAAGAGUAAACUAGAAAUGCAGAUUCAAGCCGAAUCCCAGGAAGUACAAGAACAACUGAAAGACCGAGAACAAAAAAUAGUAUCUUUGGAGUCUGAGAAAAACACAAUUAGCGUUGAGUUAUCAGAGAAAGUUGUCGAACUCGAUAAACUGAAGGAAGCCUACAAUCAGGCAAGUCUUAAAAUCGAAGAAAGCUGCCGAACAAACGACUUGGGUGACGAGUAUAGCCUGCGAGAAGAGUUGGUGUUGAAAAAUGCACUGAUUGAGGACAAGGAUAAAAAAAUUGAACAAUUGAGCAAAGAACUACAAAUCCGAACGCAGAAUCUACAAAAACUUGUCAAUACGGAAUUGUGGAGCAAGAAUAAAGAAAUUGCCAAAUUACAUAAUCACAUGACUGCAACCCAUAGUCACGAAAGGAGCAGGAACAGGUCUGAAUCAGCCUUAGAUAAUUCUGGAUUGCAAGUAACAACAUUGAUCAAAGAACUGUCAGACCUUGGUGUACAAGUAAAAAUUGUAAAUGACACUGUGCAAUUGAAUUACGUCAAUGGAAAUGAGUCGAUAGACUUAAAAAUGAUGAAGAGUUACAUAGAAACCCUUUUAGAACAACGAAAUGAGUUGGAAAAAGAAAUAGAUUACCUCAAAUGGUUGAAACUUAUUACGAAACCUGAUAUAACUAAUGAAAUCGAAAGCUCUGGGUCAGAAACCGAGAGAGCACGAAAGUAUUGUGAACUAUUACGAACACAUCUUAAAGAGCUGGUCAGAUUUAUGAAAGAAAUGUUGAGUAAAGCUAAUCAUUCGGAAAUAAUUAGUAUGGAACAUAAAAAAAUAGUGUUGGACGUAUUUUUGGAUUCUAAAAUUUUACCCGACAAUUUUAUACAAUCUUUUGAAGAAAUACCCGGUGGUGAUGUGGUUGGAGAACACUCAUCCCGACGUCAUUUUGCUGAAGAACGUUUAGUUGAUAGUGUUGGGAAGAAGAGUCACUCCGAAAAUUUACUGGCAGUGCGAAAGAAUCAAAAUUCGACUCACUCAGAUUCGGAGGCAUUUUCAGAGCCAGACAGAACAGUUUCGCUUGCUAGAAUCGGACUACAAGAACUGCAUCAUAAAGCUAGCAACAAACAUAGAUUCUCUAAGUAUACGAAAACGUUUAGUGAUUCUGAGGACUCUAUGGAUUAUGUUCCUUACCACAAGACUUACCAGAGCGAUUUGAAUGACACGGAUGAGACAAGUAAUAUACAGGAGCUAAAAGAAACCAACAAUCAGCUAUACUCGGAGCUGAAUGCUCUCAGGAAUGAGCUUACGAGGAAAACUUUAUUCGAUGAUAGAUUUGACGAAAAAUUGGCACCUUUAAUCGCAAAGUUGGAACGUUCACAGAGAUUUUGUGAAAAAUUGCAGGCGUCACUCGAAAAAAGAAUGAGCGAAUGCUACACACUGAAAAAAGAAAGUAAACAAAACAGCAUACGUAAAGCACAGUUGGAGAAAAAGAUUUCGGAGGUUGAAAAUAUGGCUAUUGAAUUAACUAAACAAAAGGCGGAUCUUUUACAUUCUAAAGAAAGCGCUGAGAGACAAACCUGUGAAAUGCUAACAGCGCUCAAUAGAGAAAAUGAUACGCUGCGAACAAAGAUUAAAAAAAUGGAAGAAGAAAUGGAGGCAGCUAAAACGAAUUUGGCAACAAUAACUAAAGAAAUGGAUCAAUUGACGCUUUCUCACUCCCAAGUUCUCGUCGAGAAUACAAAACUAAUCAAUGAAAAACUGAGGCUGGAACAAGACGUGCGCAAAAACGACAGUAGAUAUGAUAUUGCACUACGGUCUCUGCACGAGAAAUAUACCAAAGAGAUAGCAGACCUGAAUCAACUUAACGAUUCGCAGCGAUUACGUAUGCAGGAGUUGGAAAUGAUAAACAAAGAGUUACGAAGGCAUGUCGUAACUUGCGAGGCCAGUGAUUCUGCGCCAAGUUCGAGUGGUAUUUCAUCCAUUCCAACUGACACGACGAUUAAACAAAGUUGUGACGAUAUAAUCCAAGAAUAUCAUUCCUACAAUGGCUCUCAGUAUUGGUUGCCAAUAAAUUAUCCGACUCUUACGGGUCGCAGUAAGUCGAGCUGUUCCCCUGACUUGGGAAUCGAGAGCGAUGCGGCGCUGACGACAACGACGACCCGACCUUUGAAAGACACUUUGAAAAUAACCGAAUCUAUGACAAAUCUUCUCAGCGAGGAUGAGAACUGUAAUACAAACCGAGAACUCAGAGAUUUAGACAGUGAAAGCCCGCUGCCUACAGAAGGUGGGCAUACAUAUAGUAGUCUGAACGAAAUGGAAGUGUUGAAGCAGGAAAAUGAGGCACUGAAGCGACGACUGAUGAAAACUAGAAGAGCUUUGGAAGAUACAUUUCAGCAUCUUUCUGCAUCGAAUAAAAAUAAAAAAAAUGUUGAAAAGGCGAUAACUAAGCAGCUGAUGAUAACAAAAACAAUAUUAAAAAAAACUAGGACUUACGAGGAGUCCUUUGAAAAUUGAAAAUUGAAUCCCGAGUAAUGAAAAUGUAACGACGCGUUAUGUAACUCGUAUAUUGUUGUUUAUUCAUUGCUAUACAUAUGUUACAUUGUUGCCCGUUGAAGCAUGCAAUGGUCUUUUUUUCUGUCAUAUCGAAACCGAAGCGACUGAGAUGAAUAAUACGUAUUGUAUCGUAUGUAAUCAAACCGAGGACAUAUUUUCUUAUCGUGCCAGUAUUAGGCAAUGUUUUUCCUUCUUUUUUUUUGUAAAGAAGACAUUUUUCUUCAAUAUAUGUAUGUGAUGUGCGGUGUAUACAUUGAGACUUGUAAAUAGAUAUUUUUUUCUAAUUAGUUAAAUUGAUAAGAAUUCAUAAUAAAAUUUUUUGAAAACAUUGCGUGAUCUCUUAUCACUGCAUCUCGUGGUUAAAAAAUGUGAAUAAAUAUAUAACUGUAUAUAUUACUACAACUAUACAUCUCAUCAUAGCAUCUGUAAAUAGCCCAUAUAAUAAAAUAUUUGACCUUUAUUUU